GGGGGGACACACACAAAGAGAGAGAGAGAGAGAGAGCUACAUCCAUGCCUUUCUUUCUAGGCAUGCUUCAGAUCUACUUCAGAUGAAGGCAUAAGCAUGUCCUACUUGAAUCUUUGCCUAGUCGAAGCUUCAGAUAUACUCCAGAUGAAGCAUAUGUCCUUGUUUCUAUGCUUCAUCAUCUCCCUUGUCCUUACCUUUUCGGAUUUUGCAGUUAGUGAAAGCCAGUUCGUGUACCAUGGUUUUUCUGGUGCUCACCUUACCCUUGACGGUAAUGCCAUGGUCACACCAGACGGCCUCCUUGAGCUCACCAAUGACACAGUCAAUCUAGGCCAUGCAUUUUACCCAACUCCCUUGAACUUCCACCAGCAGCUCAACGGCACUGUGCAAUCCUUCUCAGUUUCCUUUGUGUUCGCAAUACUCUCCGUCCACGCUAACAUAAGCACCAUGGGCAUGGCCUUCUUUGUUUCCCCAACCAAGAACCUCUCAAACACAGGGUUACAAUACAUUGGCCUCCUCAACAGCGGGAACGACGGCAACACGAGCAACCACAUGUUUGUUGUCGAGCUUGAUACUACCCAAAAUGUUGAGUUCAAAGACAUCGACAACAACCACGUAGGCAUCAACAUCAAUAGCCUCCACUCCUUGAAAGCCCACCACACUGGAUACUAUGAUGACAUGAGUAGUUCCUUCAAGAACUUGACUCUGACUAGCGGCAAGGCGAUGCAGGUAUGGGCAGAUUACGAUGGAGAGACCUCGCUAGUUAAUGUGUCCUUGGCUCCGGUGGGAGAAGCCAAACCUGUGGCGCCUCUGCUUUCAUCUCUCUAUAAUCUCUCAGCUAUUCUCAGAGAUCCAUCAUACAUCGGUUUCUCAGCCACAACUGGUGCAGUAAGAACGCGACACUGUGUGCUUGGAUGGAGCUUCGCCAUGAACGGACCUGCUCCAGCCAUUGACAUCUCCAAGCUGCCAAAGCUACCACGUAUUGGCCCAAAACCUCAUUCCAAGGUUUUGGAGAUUACUCUUCCUAUAGCCUCUGCAGUGUUCGUUUCUACUCUUGGAUUUGUCAUCGUAUUACUUGUGUACAGAAGAUUAAGGUAUACUGAGGUGAAGGAAGACUGGGAGGUUGAUUUCGGGCCACACCGAUUCUCCUUCAAGGACUUAUUCCAUGCGACGGGAGGGUUCAAGAGAAAGAACCUACUUGGUGAGGGUGGCUUUGGAAAGGUCUACAAAGGAGUUCUUCCAAAGUCCAAUGUGGAGAUAGCUGUGAAGAGGGUGUCUCCUGAGUCAAGGCAAGGGAUGAAGGAGUUCAUUGCUGAGGUUGUUAGUGUCGGCCGGCUUCGACACCGCAACCUUGUACCCUUACUUGGCUAUUGUCGGCGACAAGGUGAACUACUUUUGGUGUAUGACUAUAUGCCAAAUGGCAGCCUCAAUAAGUAUCUAUACUCUGAAGAUGGCAGACUAUCUUUGAGUUGGGCCCAAAGGUUCAACAUUAUCAAAGGUGUUGCAUUUGGCUUAUUCUACCUCCAUGAGAAGUGGGAGAAAGUUGUCAUCCACCGAGAUAUUAAGCCAAGUAACGUCCUCCUAGAUCGUGAAAUGAAUGGACGGCUAGGUGAUUUUGGUCUCUCAAGAUUGUAUGAUCAUGGCACUGAUCCACAGACCACGCAUAUGGUUGGAACCAUGGGUUACCUAGCCCCAGAGAUGGUACGCACAGGUAAAGCAUCCACUUUGACAGACGUAUUUGCCUUUGGCGUAUUUCUUCUCGAGCUCACUAGUGCCCAGAGGCCUGUUAAGCAAAAUGAACAAGGUAACCAGGAUACAUUGAUCGAUUGGGUUUUAGAGCAUUGGCAUAACGGAUUGCUGAUGGAGACUGUGGAUCCAAGACUCCAAGAUGACUAUAAUGCUGAGGAGGCAUGUCUAGUACUAAAGCUAGGACUUUUAUGCUCACAUCCAUUUAUUAGUUCAAGACCCACCAUGAGGCAAGUGAUGCAGUACCUUGAAGGUGAUACACCACUCCCAGAUCUGACAGCAACACAUUUCAGAUUCACUAUGCAGGCCCUGACACGGAACAAUGGAUUUGAAUCACCUAACAUGUCGUAUCCAGAUUUAGCUACGAGUAUUGGCACAUUUUCAAGUCUCUCGGGAGGAAGAUGAUGAUGUAUAUAUGGUGUUCAGAAUUAUUGUGCCUCUUGAAAUAAAUACUACAAGUGCUUUCCUGGCUACUGUUGGACUUAAUCCUUAUCAUAGGCCUCGAGGACUCGUUUCACGACAGUGCGAAAGGAAGAAGUUCAUAUACGGCUAUAGCGUCGUUCAUAUGUAUGCAGAGUUCGAGUCAGAGUCGGAUCAUAGAAUGGCACGAUUCGUAUUAAGAUUCAGAGUUAACAGGUCGCUAUAAAUAUGAGUUGUAAUCUCUAAUUUGUAACAAAGACACAAAGUUGUGUAAGUCACAAGUUGAAUAAAGUCAAAAA